UGUAUUAUUCAACUACUUUUUGCUCGUUUUCUCCCCCCAAUCUGCAGUACACGCCUGUGCUGUAGCAAAUUUCGUUUAGCUUUCUAGACGGAUGUCAAAGUGGAACAGCUGGUACUUAUUUUGCAGCGUUGGGAUCUGUUCAUGAGAAUCUGGUCUGCCGGUAUGGCAAACGAGAUAACAACGGAACAGCAUCCUGAUGGCGGUGAAACAGGAACUAUCUACCUACCAGCCUUCGUAUCAGUUGGUGCCUGUUUUGUGAUAUCCAUAAUUUAUGUCGCUAGCUUAUAUGUGUGGAACUCAAAGCACGACCGUGACCAUCCUUCGACCAUAAAGCGGCGAUUUUUUAGCGUGUUUGUGGUAAUGCUCGUAGCUCCAUUUUUCGUGCUAACCCUUACCAGUAAGGAUGUGUUCCAUCGUUACACUAUGUGGCAGAUAAUGGGGUUCCGGAAGGAGGGAUUAUUUACCGCCACGCUCGUUCCCUUACUCCUCACGAUGGUGCUAUUUCUUGGACCGCUUAGCGUGCAGCUAUCGAACGGUAUCUGGCGUAUCUAUUCGGAGCCGAUGUACUGGAUGAAUGCUGUGCGUAAUUUGGUAUGGUUGCGGAAUCACCUUGUCGCGCCGCUCUCAGAAGAGUUUACCUUUCGUGCCUGUAUGCUGCCCCUGCUGUUGCAAACGUUUCGACCAUCAACCGCAAUGUUGAUCACGCCGCUUCUGUUUGGGUUGGCGCAUCUGCAUCAUAUAAAGGAGCGUUUGCAGAAUGGUCGACCGCUGCGUGAGGUACUGAUAGUGUCGUUCUUCCAAUUUUUUUAUACCACCAUCUUUGGCAUCUAUUCGGCACAUUUGUUUGUGCGCUCGGGACAUUUUGUCGCGCCGUUUGUCGUACAUGCCUUCUGCAACCAUAUGGGAUUUCCUGACGUUCAAGAGGUGCAAUCGCAACCACACCGUAAAAAGUAUCUUUUCAUCGGUUUCUAUGUCAUUGGGCUGGUUGGAUGGAUCGUUCUACUACCUAGCUUAACCACACCAAGUUGGUAUUCUAAUAAUCUGUUCUGGGCUUCUGAGCUAUAACUUGAGAUGAUUUUCAUGUGCCAUCGCGUAAUUGCUACAUAUGUCUACUCUUUCCAUUUGUUUGUACUAUGUGUUCCAUGUCUUGCUAUAGAAUAACUUGUUCAACCGUGGUGUGACUAAUUGUUAAUUUGUUUAUCUCCAACCAAUAUGCACGUGUGUUAUAUAUUGUGUUAUGGAAAUACGUUCUAAUGGCGAAAGUUUACAGAACUGUAUGGCUUAAGUGAUCCUUACUGAAAUAUCUAAUAUAGUGAAAUAUACAUCGACAACGUGAGGUAUGCAUUUUAAAAAGUAGAGAUAUUGUGCAUUACCAAUAGUAAAUUUCUAUACCAUGGCAAGUGCUAUGCGUUGUGAGUAUAUAUGCCAAUAGGAUGAUAGGCGAAUAGUCACAAGCGGCCAUCCCAGUGUACUCUAAGUUUAAAUAAAAAAACACACACAAGCCUCGUGUUACGGUGGGAAAUGCUUUUUUUGUAUUCGCAAGUAAAAAAAACAAUUAAGAAGUACAAUUGUAGACUACAAUGUUCGACUAUGACAUUACA